GUUCAAUUAUUUUCUAUAUAUAAUAUAAUAACAGCAAUAAUACUUUUUGCCUUUCUCCUCCAUCCUCGAACCCUCUCUGUCUUCUUGCCUCUGGGCCAAUUGCUUCCGUUCUGGCGAAAGCACCGCCUCCUGUCUACGGAACUUUUUUCCUCGAUUCAAGGCAGAGAAACCCUAAUUUUUGGUUCUGGAAGCCCUAAAAUUCGCUGUAGUUUCAUCUCCUCGUGUUCGAUUCACGAUUCCACUUGCAGUUUUCAGGUACCGAUCCUUGGGUUUAGUUAUAUUUCGUAAAUAUAUAUAUAUAUAUAAGGUUUGUGCAAUUUGAGGGAGAGAUGUCGGAGAAAUUCUCGGCGACGCUGCGAAUAGGGGAUCUUAAUGAUUUCAUAGCGCCGUCGCAAGCAUGUGUUGUUUCUCUGAAGGGGCUGAAGGCGACUUCUGCGAAGCAGGAUAAGCCAGAGGUUAAGUUUGACAAGGUUGCAUCUGCAAGCAAACCAUCAAGUGCGGAACCAGUAAAAAUUUCUCUCAAGGACUGCUUAGCAUGCAGUGGGUGCAUUACAUCAGCUGAGACAGUUAUGCUUGAGAAGCAAAGUUUGGAUGAGUUCCUUGCUAAUAUUAAUAAAGGGAAGGCUGUUAUAGUUUCCCUCUCUCCCCAAUCAAGGACUUCCCUUGCCGUUCAUUUUGGUGUCUCUCCACUUCAGGUUUUUAAGAAACUCACGACGUUUUUUAAGUCAUUGGGAGUAAAGGCUAUAUUUGAUACAAGCUGCAGCAGAGAUUUAUCCCUUAUUGAAGCUUGUAAUGAAUUUAUUGCACGAUACAGGCAGAGCCAAUCUACUGAUGACAAAAUAUGUAAAUCAACUAUGCCAAUGCUUUCGUCGGCAUGUCCAGGUUGGAUAUGCUAUGCUGAAAAAACACUUGGAUCCUAUAUUCUUCCUUUUGUUUCCUCAGUGAAGAGCCCACAGCAAACAAUUGGAUCUACCAUUAAGCACCAUAUAUGCCAAAAAAUGGGCUUUAGGCCAGAUGAGGUCUACCAUGUAACUGUGAUGCCCUGUUAUGAUAAGAAGCUUGAGGCUGCCAGGGAUGACUUUGCAUUUCCAGUGGAAUCUCAUGGUGAACAUCAAAUAAUUAUAGAGGUCGAUUCAGUUUUGACAUCUGGAGAAGUUCUAGAAUUGAUACAGCUAAAAGCAGUGGAUUUUAACACCUUGGAAGAGUCUCCUCUUGAUAAAUUGCUAACAAAUGUUAAUGAAGAAGGGCAUCUUUAUGGGGUCCAAGGAAGCUCAGGAGGUUAUGCAGAAACAGUUUUUCGCAAUGCAGCUAAAGCUCUUUUUGGGAGAGAAAUUAAAGGCCCUUUAAACUUUAAAACCAUAAGGAAUUCAGACUUCCGUGAAGUGACUCUGGAAGUGGAGGGGGAAACUGUAUUGAAGUUUGGACUGUGUUAUGGAUUCCGGAACCUUCAGAACAUUGUGCGGAAAAUCAAAAUUGGAAAAUGUGAUUAUCAUUUUCUAGAGGUCAUGGCAUGCCCUUCAGGUUGCCUGAAUGGUGGUGGUCAGAUCAAACCGAAGCCAGGACAGUCUGCCAAGGAUUUAAUUCAAUUGUUAGAAGCUGUUUAUACAGAACAUGUGAGUGUCCGCCUGUCUGGCUAUGGAUUCAAUUUUCUCUUCCACUCAAUUAAGCGUCUCUCUCUCUCUCUCUCUCUCUCUCUGUACCUUGACUUGCAGAUUAGAACAUUAUUGGGAGAUGACUAUCAUUUGAAUUCUUAUAGAAAGAAAUUAUUAGAAAUAAUAGAAUGAAUCCACGCACAUUUAUAUUUGUCGAAACACUGGACUGCCAUCGUGACUAUCAUUGUUGCACAAUCUCAGGUUUUGGUAGCUAAUCCUUUUGAGAAUCCCCUUGUAAAGAGUUUAUACAAUGAGUGGCUCGAGGAACCUGGUUCUGAGAAAGCUAAAAGAUAUAUGCACACAGAAUAUCAUCCCAUCAUAAAAAGCAUUACUGCUCAGUUGCACAACUGGUGAGACACUCUUCCCGUAUCAGCUUCGGAUUCCUGCCGCAUGGUGUACUACAAUGGAUCUCCUCUUGGAUGCACAACCGAAUCCCCCCAAAAUUUCUCUUUCAUUGAUCUCAAUCUCAAUGCCCUAAGAGUUUUAGCAUGGGUUGAAUUGCAGAAGACUCCAAUUUUGAUAAGUGGAAAAAGGGAUCAUUCAUGUGCAUAAAUAUUCAUAUGGUUCUCUCUUUUGUCAUGUAUAUAUUGUAGGCUGAACCUAGCCUUCUGUUACUCAAAAGUGAUAUACAUAUGCAGUUUAACAUUUAUUUUCUUUAUUUUUUUUGGGGCACCCCUGCGUGUAGGGGUGACUUAAUUUCUCAAUUUUGUAUGAUCUAACAGCCUCCUCUUAAGGUCUUUCCUGUACCCUCAAUAAAGGCAAAACGUUAGAAAUUCA